CACGGCAUGCCGGGAACCGGGAGCCGCACGCCUUCCAGGGGCAGGGCGCUCGCCUCGGGCCGGAAGUGCCCUCUGACCUAGGCGGAAGUAGUUGUGCGGCAGCUGGCCCGACGCGGCGGGGGCCCUGCGAGCGGGGCGGAGGGAGCGGCGGGAGCGGCGCUGACGGACGCUCCUAUUGCAAAAGCUGCAGUUGUAAAGAAAAUUUUUUAAUAAGAAGAGAAUGGAUGGAGAAGAGAAAACAUACGGUGGGUGUGAGGGCCCGGAUGCUAUGUAUGUGAAGUUAAUAUCCUCCGAUGGCCAUGAGUUCAUUGUAAAAAGAGAGCAUGCAUUAACAUCAGGAACAAUAAAAGCUAUGUUGAGUGGACCAGGACAGUUUGCAGAAAAUGAAACAAAUGAGGUGAAUUUUAGAGAGAUUCCAUCCCAUGUCCUAUCCAAAGUAUGCAUGUAUUUCACCUACAAGGUCCGCUAUACUAACAGCUCUACGGAGAUUCCUGAAUUCCCAAUUGCACCUGAAAUUGCACUGGAACUUCUGAUGGCUGCAAACUUCUUAGAUUGUUAAAUAAAAUAAAUUAUAAUUAAAAAAUGUAAAACUUUUUUCAGUAUUUAAUACAUGUAGUUCAGUUAGUAACUUUUUUUCAGAUAGCAUGUUGCGUGUGUGCUAUUGAGAACUGUAAAGUUCACUGCAGAGGCAGUUGCCUUCAGUCCUUUUGCAUAUAGCAAUCAUUCAGUUGAAGUUUGUUUUGCUGCUUACACAAAUAAGGACCUUUUCACAAACUGAGACAAAUAAACAAAUAUGCCAAUUAGUAGAUGGCUAUGCCUUAUCCUUUAGGUGUGGUAGAACUUUCCUUUAAUAAAAUGACCAUAGAAAAUACUGGAGUUUAGUCUAACGCUCUCUAAAAAGUAAUUAUAGUUAAAUAUGAGUAGCUGUUUAGGGUUUCUAACUUUCUCUUAUUAAAGUUUCUAAACAUCUGAACUUAAUCGCCUUUGUAAGAUAGCUGUCCUUUUGCAAAGUUAUGCUAACUAGAUUAGAAGUGUCCUUCCUAGGGUUUGUGUACUGAUAACGAUAUUCCAUUUAGGUUGAAAGUGGACUAUGUAGAAGAAUGCUUAAGGCUUUUAAUUUAAAUCACAGUAGAAACAUGUGUAAAGAUGUACUUGAUACGUUUUUCUUUUAUAACCUAAGUUUUCCCCGUUAUUAAUUACAAAUAUUCAAGUCACUUGUCUGUACAGUAAGACAGUGAUCCUACUAACAGUGGCUUUUAAGGGUAAAAAUAACUUACAUUCUGUGUAUAUUAUCUUCUGUAUAACAUAUAAGGUUAUUCUUAAUGUACUGUCACUUGACCUGAUAUGGAUUUUAUAUGGUUUCAGUUAUGUUUUUUUUCCCAUUGUUGUGACUGGCUCUGUAAAGUGUGUAUUUAAUCUUUAGCAUAAUAAUCAUUUAAAUUUUCUAACGUAGCAACUGAAAAGAUAGCAGUUAUCCUCAACUUCUCCCUCGAAUCCCCAGGAAAAGACCCUGAAAUGUCAAGGUCUUUUGUAUUUGAAGGAAAGGGCAUUAAGCAGAUGUUUAAGGAGCUGUUUUAUAAAUUUCAUAGGUAUUUCCAAUGUUUUUACAAAUAUUUUAGGGGAAAAGGCAAGCCACUGACAAUACUAGAGUGGAACACAUAAUCUCUUGGUAGUUCCCGCUGGUGCUUGCCCAUACUAUGAGUUCUUUGUUCAAAACAAGUUUCCAUAAAGGAAAAAAAAAUAAACUUGAGACAAGAAGUUGCUUUUUGUUCAUCCACAGCCUGAAGAACCCAAAAUAAUCUGUAAAUGAGAAUAAAACUAAUGCAUCAUGAAAAAUGAUGCAAGUAAAAUGUAGUUAGCGUUUCCAUCAGCUGCCACUGCUUCAGCUUUGUUUUGAUCAAGAAAUGGUUCUGGUCUUUUAUGGGAAAAUCCCGCUGACAGAUGGUGGGACCUCUUUAUUGAUAUAAUAACUAAUGGUGAAUUUAGAGGGCUGAAACACUCCUCUAAACCUAUUUGCCAGCACAAAUACAACUUCGAAGGGUUUUUUUCCGGACAAAGGCUGGUAACUUGCAUAGACUGUGCAGUCUGCCUGUGGAAGAGUUCAGUUUACUCUGGGCUUAAAGAACACCUGAUAGACAAGCUGACAUUUGUCAACGUGGUGAUAGAUUAGUUGACAUUUAUUCACAUCACAUACUUGGGCACAAUUUCUUGUGUUUAAUGUGGGGAUGUUUAUGACUAGAUAAGUUUUGCAUGGUAAAGCUGGAGUGCAUUGCAAGGUGAUUGUCUGAAAUCCUAUGUUUGAGCACUCUGGUCAGUGCUGUAAGUAACUCAUUUUUGAGAGCACUGAAAGGAUAAACACAAACCAGACAGACCCUGUUAUGCUGCUUUUGUUAGAGCCACAAGGAAUACCCUAAAAGGUCAAGGAAUACCAACAUGCAUAUUUUAGUCCUAACUACAUUUCAGUGUGAGUGACUCUUAAGUCUUUAGCCACUUUUAAUAGUCUUGAGGUUAAUGAUUUCAUGUUCAAAAUUAUUUAGUUCAAAAUUGAAGUUAAAAGGAUCUCACUUUCCAGAAUUUUUUUAUUUUUUAUUUUUAAGUAAUCUGAUAAAAUACGUUGCAUUUUCUGAUUCCAUAAUUCAGCACUAAGGUAAAAUAUCUGGUUUAGUUCUGAAUAAUACUUUCAUUGCUUUUCCUUCAACUUAAUGUAUCAUACAGUAGCUUUGAACACUCAGGAAAUGCAGUAGUGCCCUAGAGCGUACUAUUUGCAGAACCACCGGCUGUUAAGAAAACUAACCUGCAGAUUUCUAAGGGGCGGGAGGGGCAGGGGCAGAGGGAAUUAGUGCAAUUUCCAUGACAGUGACAUGGGUAUGCUAUUAUCAGACAAUUGGAAACUUACCACACUUAACCCCUGAGUUCUAAAUAAAUUUCAAAACUGAAAAUUUUUAAA